AUGGUGACGUUUGCAAAUCUGGCGUUGUGCUUUAUCGCAGUGGAGCUUUAGCUGGGCAGAGACUGGCAGUUCCUCAGCUGUAGUUCUGUUACAGGAGAGUAUUUACAGUAUUUUCACACACAGCGCGGACUACAGAAGAGUACAUAGUACUGUAUUUACUCUAAAUACUGUAAACAGCGCGGCUGGACGGAGUUUACGGGCUUUGCGUAGAUCCGGCGCACGGAAAUCACUGAGGCGAGGCCUGCUGGAGCAGCGGAUCCCCGGACUUUCCUGAGCACUGCAGGCCGAGAGGGGAGGACAUGCCGGCGUGGCGAGGCCUUAACGCUGGACCCUCCUUUUCCCUUUAUGUUUAUAUAAGAGGAUAAGGAGCUGAGAGAGAGAUAGAGAGUAUAGGAACCCCACUACGGUUUGGAUGAAGCUGCCAUGCUGCUUUUGGAUGUCAGGGAUUGAAGUGGCCUUGGUCUCGCCCGGCGCUGUGGAUACGGACCGCGUCUGAGCCGCCAAUCGCUGAGGACCGACCGUCGUUCCUUCAGCUCCUGAGUUCCAGAGCGCGACGAGGGAAGGGUCACGACCGUCGGCAACAUGAACCGUUACCUCCCUGUGGCGCAGCAGCACUUCCUGUCUGCUCUGGCCAGCACCAGCGUGGUGGUGAAGGCCAUCUGCGCCACUGUUCUGCUGAUGUACCUCAUUUCGUGGGUGGUGGACACGCACGUGGCGCUCGGUGUCACGCCUGGCUACCUCUUCCCGCCGAACUUCUGGGUCUGGACUCUGGUGACGCACCCGGUGGUUGAGCAGCACGUGUGGGGCGUCGCCGCUAAUGUUGCCACGGUGAUCAUUGCCGGCCGGCUGCUGGAGCCUUUGUGGGGCGCUCUGGAGCUGCUGAUCUUCUUCGCGGUCGUGAACGUUUCCGCCGGGCUGCUCUCCGGACUUUCGUACGUGCUCACUUACGCCAUCACCUUCGACCUGAGGUACCUGUUCGCCGUGCACGUGUUCGGCGCGCCGGCUUUUCUGGGCGGCGUUCUGGUGGCUCUGAAGCAGACUUCGGGCGAUACGACGGUACUCAGAGUGCCGCAGAUUCGCCUCAAGGCGGCGCCGGCGCUCGCCCUGCUGGCGUUAGCCGUGCUGAGGUUAGCCGGGCUCCUGGACAGCUCGGCGCCGCUGGCGGGCUGCGGGUACGGGGCGCUGGCGGGGUGGGUGUACCUGCGCUUCUACCAGAGACACAGCCGCGGGCGCGGCGACAUGUCGGACCACUUCGCCUUCGCCUCCUUCUUCCCCGAGGUGCUGCAGCCGGCCGUGGGCUUCAUCGCCGGCCUGGUGCACACGGUCCUGGUGAAGAUUAAGGUGUGUCGGAAGAUGGUGAAGAGAUACGAUGUCGGCGCGCCUUCCUCCAUCACCAUCAGCCUGCCUGGCACAGACCCACAGGACGCAGAGAGGAGACGGCAACUGGCGCUGAAAGCCCUGAACGAGCGUCUGAAGCGAGUGGAGGAUCAGUCUGCGUGGCCCAGCAUGGAGGACGAGGAAGACGAUGAUGAAGACGAGGUCCGGACAGACGCUCCCCUCCUACCGACCCGCGACCCCUCGCCACCAGCACCCAGCACUACCCAGAACCCCGCGGGGCAGGAGUCCAGCAUCAUAAGCUUCGAGGACGCCCCGGCUCGCUCAUAACAAACACACACACACACACUCGUACACACCAACAACACCAACGAGAGCGGAAACCUCUUAACUGACCCUCAGAAAUUAAACUACGAUACAAUCACUGUACCUGCUGAAGAGGAGCGGGUACCCACGCCAACGAACCACAUCAACAACCACGAGAACCCCCUGGAAACACGAGAGCCCCCGGAAACCAGACGAUUCGCCAUAGAUCUCCAUAGAUCUCCAUCUGUCUAAACAAAUACAACAAUUCAAAAAGCCCUGAAAAAGACAAAAGACACGACCAAAACUACAAACACUCUGAUACACCCAGAUAACACAACUAUCGUCUCUGAAUUUGUACAAAAUUAACUCUGGACUUUUCCUGAAAAUCGUAUAAAUAUAUAUAUAUAGAUGUGGCACUCAGUUUUCUUUUUCUUUUCUCUAUUUUAUUCUUUAUAAUUUUUCCUCUUUUUUUUUUUUUUUGGCUGUGUGCAAACAGGAAUCUUUAACUCUACCUGUCGUGGGUGUGUGAAAGAGAGAGAGAGUGAGAAAGUAUGUGUGUAUAUAUGUAUGUAUGUAUGUAUGGAUGUAUGGAUGGAUAUAUGGAUGGAUGGAUUGAUGGAUGAAUGGGUGUGUGUAUGAAUACAUGUACAUGUGUGUAUGUGUGUGCCUAAGGUUUCUGGGAGGUUUUCCUUCUAAAUAAAUGCUUAAACUGCU